UGGAUGUAGGUCGAAAUGGCACGGAAGAAGAUCAGAGAGUAUGAUUCGAAGAGGCAAUUGAAGGAGCAUUUUAAGAGGCUCUCCGGUACAGAAUUAGGCAUUAAAUCUGCGCAGAUUACAGAAUCGACUGAUCUCAAUGAGCUAGCAGAGAAAGAACCCUGGGUUUUGACAGAAAAACUUGUUGUAAAGCCUGAUAUGUUGUUUGGGAAGCGUGGGAAAAGUGGUUUAGUUGCCCUAAAUCUUGAUUUUGCUGAGGUUGCUACAUUUGUCAAAGAGCGUCUUGGAAAAGAGGUGGAGAUGGGAGGAUGCAAAGGACCAAUAACAACAUUCAUCGUUGAACCAUUUGUUCCGCACAAUGAAGAAUUUUAUCUUAAUAUUGUUUCGGAGCGGCUUGGGUGCAGUGUAAGCUUUUCAGAAUGUGGGGGAAUUGAAAUUGAAGAAAACUGGGAUAAGGUAAAGACCAUAUUUGUCCCAACUGGUACGUCCUUCACAUCAGAAACAUGUGCUCCACUAAUUGCAACCCUUCCACUUGAGGUCAAGGAUAAAGUUGAGGAGUUUAUCAGAGUAAUUUUCACUCUAUUUGUAGAUCUAGACUUCACCUUCCUAGAGAUGAAUCCAUUUACUCUGAUUGAUGGAAAGCCUUAUCCUUUAGAUAUGAGAGGCGAGCUGGAUGACACUGCAGCUUUCAAGAACUUUAAGAAGUGGGGCAAUAUUGAAUUUCCAAUGCCAUUUGGAAGAGUAAUGAGUCCGACGGAAAGAUUUGUCCAUGGGCUUGAUGAAAAGACUAGUGCAUCUUUGAAAUUCACAGUUUUGAAUCCAACAGGACGAAUUUGGACAAUGGUAGCCGGAGGAGGUGCAAGCGUCAUCUAUGCAGAUACGGUUGGGGAUCUUGGCUAUGCAUCUGAGCUUGGGAAUUAUGCUGAAUAUAGUGGAGCCCCGAAUGAAGAGGAGGUGUUGCAGUAUGCCAGAGUUGUAAUUGAUUGUGCAACUGCAAAUCCUGAUGGUCGCAAGAGAGCUCUCGUAAUUGGAGGAGGAAUAGCUAAUUUCACUGAUGUUGCUGCUACAUUUAAUGGAAUAAUUAGAGCAUUGAGGGAGAAGGAAACAAAGCUCAAAGCAGCACAAAUGCAUAUAUUUGUGAGGCGAGGAGGUCCAAAUUAUCAGAGAGGUCUCGAAAAAAUGCGUUUGCUUGGAGAGGAAAUUGGCAUUCCUAUUGAGGUUUAUGGACCUGCAGAGACAAUGACCGGCAUAUGCAAACAAGCAAUUGAUUACAUCACUGCUGCAGCAUAAAAUCAUUAAUUCCAAAUAUAAUGUCCUUAGAACUUCCAUUCUUUUACUGUUAGUUGUCAAUUUCUUGCAAGUUUCAAGUAAAUUAUCAGCUCUUAGCGUCAUUCGACUAUAUUAGAAGGAAAGCUCUGGAGGUUAAUUAUGUUGUAUGUUUUUUGGUUUUUGGUGGAACAAAUUAUGUUGUACAACUGUUCUUUAUGGUGAUGCAUCCUGUGUU